AUGGUCGACAUCAAGGGCGACAUUCACAAGGCGGCGGAAAAAGUGCACGAUGCUACCGAGAAGGUCGGCGGCCUGCUUGAUGAGGCCGAGGCUGGUAAAAUUCCUGGCACCAAGGGCCAUCACCCCAUUUCUGCAGUUAUCGGCACAGCUUUGACCGGUGGCAUGAAGAAUGCUGGUACCAAAGGUUAUCUGGCGGCCUACAUCAAGGAGCUUGAGGAUAACCCUCUGCGCACCAAGAUGCUCACUGCCGGUACGCUUGCUGGUACACAGGAACUUGUCGCCUCGUGGCUCGCCAAGGACCGCAACAAGCACGGCAACUACUUCACCGCUCGUGUCCCCAAGAUGGCUGCCUAUGGCUCUCUUGUGAGCGCUCCUCUAGGCCACUUCCUCAUCUGGGCGCUCCAGAAGGCUUUCAAGGGCCGCACCAGCCUGCGCUCCAAGAUCCUGCAGAUCCUGGUCAGCAAUCUCAUUAUUGCUCCUAUCCAGAACAGCGUCUACCUUGUCGCCAUGGCUCUUAUUGCUGGAGCUCGCACCUAUCACCAGGUUCGCGCUACUGUCAAGGUUGGCUUCUGGAAGGUGAUGCGUGUUUCGUGGAUCACAUCACCCAUUUGCCUGGCUUUCGCCCAGAAGUUCCUCCCUGACCAGCUCUGGAUUCCUUUCUUCAACAUUGUGUCCUUCAUCAUUGGCACUUACAUCAACACCAUCACUAAGAAGAAGCGUCUUGCUGCUCUCCGCAAGAAGCACUUCGGUGACGACCGUCGAUCCAACGCCGGCGAUAUGCGACCUGGUCGCCCUGACGACUACCCUCCUCCUGGCAUGGGUGGUAACCCUCCUUACUAA